AUGCCCUCCUGUGUGGCUAUUUUCUCCUGCAUUGGCGGUAGGAAGCUUGUUCCCUGGUUGCUAGGGCAACCAAGAAGGAUGGCCCCCAGCCGGAGCUGGGGAAGCCUUGGGCUACCGUUCAGCUCGUCACCAUGCAGCAUGUCUGCUGACCUGCCGCUGUAUGGGAGGAGCCAGCUCUGCAGAGGAGCUUCUCCCGUCCAAGUAAAGGUCCUGCCGCCCCACUUCUUCAUCAUGAGGCAGAGCUCCAGCAGCAGAGCUGGUGCUCCUUCCUCCCUCUGCUGGCCAAUGCGCAACUCGGACUUGCUCUGCUCCAAUAGUAACAACACGGGCAACAAGAUGUCAUCUUUCUCCUCCACCACGGAUGGACAAGGGAAGCCCAAGGCUAAAUCCCCGUUCCGCAAGAGGGGGAGUCUGCAGAGCACCACUAGUCCUGAUCUGUGUGCUGCAUCUGGGCCCAAGCCCCUGAAGCCUCAGAGAUCCCUACCUGGGACGCCGGUUUCUCUCACACAUUACCCGAUUGACCUGCGAACAUCCAUGGAAGAAAAAUACAAAGAGAUCGCAGAGGAGCUGUUUACACGCAGCAUGGCGGAGAGCGAGAUGCGAAGUGCUCCUUAUGAGUUCCCGGAGGACAGCCCCAUCGAACAGCUGGAGGAGCGGCGGCACCGAUUAGAGCGGCAAAUCAGCCAGGAUAUUAAGCUUGAGCCAGACAUCUUGCUCCGCGCCAAGCAGGACUUCAUGAAAAUCGACAGUGCAGCAGACCUAGAGUCAAUGAAGGAGAAAUUUGAGGACACUGUUGACGAUGGCUUUAAGGAGAGGGAAAUGCCAAUGGAGAGAGAGUACCAGCGGGUCGCCAUAACAGGAGAGGAAAAGUGUGGAGUGCCCUUCACUGACCUCGUAGAUGCUGCUAAGUGUGUGGUGAAGGCCUUAUUUAUUCGGGAGAAGUACAUAAACCGCUCCAUGCAGACAUUCUGUAAAACCACAGCCCACGCACUGCAGGACCUCGGGAUGAAGCCUGUGGAUGUGGGACUCUAUGAGGACAUACCAGAGACCCCCGUAGAUGCUGAUGCCCCUGUCCAUCCACCAGUUUCAGAGACACACCCUUAUGACAAUCAGGACCCCAAGAAUAUGCCGGCAGACACAGGAUACGGAUGCAAGAUGGUGGAUGGCGUGGUCCAUGUAUACACCAAGAAAAACAAUAUGGACAAAAGUACUGAAGUGGACCUGCUGUAUCCUGACCUAAAGGAGUACAUUGCAGACAUGAACGUUAUGAUGGCUCUCAUCAUCAAUGGGCCAGUGAAGUCUUUCUGCUAUCGCCGCUUGCAGUACUUGAGCUCUAAGUUCCAGAUGCACAUCCUCCUGAAUGAGAUGAAGGAACUGGCAGCACAGAAGAAAGUUCCUCAUAGAGACUUUUACAACAUACGAAAGGUAGACACACACAUACACGCGUCGUCCUGCAUGAACCAGAAGCACCUUCUGCGAUUUAUCAAGCGAGCGAUGAAGAAAUACCCCGGGGAGAUCGUUCACAUGGAGAACGGCCGGGGUCAGACCCUCAAGGAUGUGUUUGAGAGCAUGAAUCUGACAGCGUUUGACCUGAGUGUGGACACUCUGGACAUGCAUGCGGAUCGUAACACAUUCCAUCGGUUUGACAAGUUCAAUGCGAAAUACAACCCUAUCGGAGAAUCCAUCCUCAGAGAGAUCUUCAUCAAAACUGACAACCACGUUGAAGGAAAGUACUUCGCACACAUAGUCAAGGAGGUGAUGUUCGACCUGGAGGAGAGUAAGUACCAGAACUCUGAGCUGCGUCUGUCCAUCUAUGGCCGCUCACGUGACGAAUGGGAUAAGUUGGCUCAGUGGGCGGUCAACCAUCGCGUGUACUCCGACAACGUGCGCUGGCUUGUCCAGGUGCCCCGUCUCUUUGACGUGUACCACACAAAGAAGCAGCUGGCUAAUUUCCAGGAGAUGUUGGAAAAUAUCUUCAUGCCUCUGUUUGAAGUCACGAUCAACCCCUGCAGCCAUCCUGAGCUGCACCUCUUUCUGGAGCACGUGGUCGGCUUUGACAGUGUGGAUGAUGAGUCCAAACCUGAGCACCACAUUUUCAACCUUGAGAGUCCGCUGCCAGCGAACUGGACAGAAGAAGACAACCCACCGUACUCCUACUACCUCUACUACACUUACGCCAACAUGACUGUGCUCAACCACCUUCGAAAGCGACGAGGCUUCCACACGUUUGUCCUGAGACCUCACUGUGGGGAGGCAGGGCCGAUCCACCACCUGGUGUCAGGUUUUAUGUUAUCUGAGAACAUCUCACAUGGGCUGCUGCUCAGAAAGGCCCCAGUGCUGCAGUAUCUUUACUACCUGGCUCAAAUUGGCAUCGCUAUGUCACCACUGAGCAACAACAGCCUGUUCCUCAGUUACCACCGCAACCCUCUACCAGAGUACCUGUCACGAGGCCUCAUGGUGUCUCUGUCCACCGAUGAUCCUCUUCAGUUUCACUUCACCAAGGAGCCUCUGAUGGAAGAAUACAGCAUUGCCACGCAGGUGUGGAAACUCAGCUCCUGCGACAUGUGUGAGCUUGCAAGAAACAGCGUUCUCAUGAGUGGGUUUGCACACAAGGCUAAAAGCUACUGGUUGGGCCCCAGUUAUUCAAAAGAAGGCCCAGAGAGCAACGACAUCCGUCGCACCAACGUCCCUGACAUCCGCGUGGCGUACCGCAGCGAGACGCUCUCCGAGGAGCUGCAGCUCAUCACUCAAGCCGUGCGCACAGAGGAGCUGGACACCAUUUACGAGGAGGACUCCCUCUCCAUGGGGCCCCUGCCGGGACGCCGCUGAAGCAGCGGUCGAUCUGUGUGGCAUUGUAAAGUCCCAGUCCUGUGGUUCACCCAGCAUCACACUGAAGAGACGUAGCGUGAGACGUGAGAGCGCAUUGGUCGUAACUAGAGAAGUCACCGCACAGACACCAAAAAGCCAAGGAUACAGUGCAGCCACAGCACUUCAGCUUCUCCAAUACCAUAUGCUUGAGUAAUUCUAACUCUAUAUUACUGUUGGAUUUUAUAUGAAAUAUAUUAUAUGAAAAUAUACAGAAAUAUAGUAAAUAGCGCUACUAUCAUCAUCUGUAGAAGAAAUACAGACACAGUUUUACUGGAAGACUUCCGACUGUGAUAGGUUUUGUUUCAUAAUCCUAACAAGAGGACAAUUAAUCUGUCUGAAUGCUGCAGUGCUGAGCGUCAGUCACAUGACGCUCAGCGUGGUUCAUUCGUCUCUGUGGAUAUUGAUCAGAGAAUUAAUUCAUCAGGAAUGAAACCCUGCGUAGCGGUGAAGUUUAGAACAAAACACCUUCGGUGGUCGAUUUGAAACAUUCCAUGAAACUGUCUCUUUAGUUGCGAAUGCCAGCAGCCGUUGACACUCUUGUUGGUUCAUUGGUGUAAAGGGAGCAUGGGAGUUGUCGCUUGUAAGCACAGCAGUAAAGCCCACGGUUCAUCCACACAUAGGAGCAGCAUGUGUGAGUCCAGCACUGUCUGAGGAGCGUUCACCAUGAAGAUAUGGACCCCUCCCUCAUUCCCCUGCUAUCGAACAAACCAGAAAGCUGAUGAUAUUUCCCCCCUUUGCAUGAAUGCAGCGUAUAUAUGAACUAACCUAAGACUUCUCAGUGCCUUUUCAUGUUUUACAGCCUUGAGCACUGCAUGCCCAUGUUUCUCCGAACUCUUUCCGUUCCAUAUUUUCUUCUGUUGCCAACAGUGGAGCUCUGCUGUUGUAAUGUCCACUGUAGAGAAGCUGCAUGCCCUCCUAUAACAAGCUUUCGUUGAUUUGUUUGUAGUUCUCUGCUUUCUGCAUGCCUGCGUGACGAAUGGCAGGAGAGAACAACUAGUUUACAGCCAGCUGUAAUGUAAAGCAUCUAAACUAACCCGCACUGAAUAUUAGCGUGAAUGGAUUGAAACUCUGCAUCGUCGAUCAUCCGCACAUCAGCAAACCAUGCUGGGACAUGGUUACCAUGGUAGCAUGGUCUUUCUAAUUUGCCCCUGAUCUGGUUAAAGCUGGGCUCCCAAGUCUCUAAUUGUGUCCUCCACUCCCAUCAUCAUCGUAAACCCAGACCUUACCGUCCAGUUCAUACCAAGGUUGGGAGAGAAUUGGAAAAUAUCCGUCUAUGUUUUAGGCUAUUUAUACGUUUGCGUUAAGAUAAGGACCCGUGUUUAAGAAAGAGUGCAGUAGUGGGAGGCACUGCAGUCACAUAUUUGUGUGAUUGUUGGAUUUCAUGUAUAAAGUGUAUUUUUUUAAAGGUAAUAUAAGAUAAAUUUUAUAUUUUCCAGAUAUAAACGUCAAGGUCUGUUGCAGUUGAUCAUUGUGGAUUAGUAUUAUGUCAUAAAUAUAGAGUUUUUUCCUAUAUAUUUGCUGAUCGGACACAUUAUUUUAGUGUCUCCUCUUCCUGCUUAAUUUGAUUUCUCGUUGGUUGAGGUUAACUGUGAGAUGCCUGUCAGAGCGAUCCAGGUUGAUACCUCUUACUUUAAAGCCAAAGGUUCUUCACUACAGUAGCCAGUCAUCAUAUUUGAGCCCUUUGUUGGAUUGUGAUCCACACUGAGUCCUGCUGACACACACCGAAGCACAACAUUUCCUUCCUGUUUACGUUCUGCAGCUUUCCGUUAAUUGCCUUGCGUUCGUUUCAGUGUCUAACGGCCAUGCUGCUCGGCGCUUGCUUUCUACCAUUUUGGAAGUAAAUUAUGGGAGUAAUUUAAAUGACAGAGCAGGCUGCUAUGUUCUAACUAAGAGUUCCGCUGUGUAACUGCUGGUUCCCUGUCUAUAUGCCCAAGUUAUUCUUUUACAGUCACUUGUCUGUGCAUCCUACCUCACAAACAAUGUGUUAGCAAAGGCAAAGCUCAGACCAGUGAAUGCAUUGGCCGCUUUACUCUUCUGAUCAUUUUCAGACUAAGAUAGUGAAACGUUAUUGUUAUAACUCUGAAUAGUGAAUAGUUGGCUUAAUUAGACUCUUUAGUCUAAAUAAAUGUUUAAAAAAAGUGCUACACGCCACAGAAAACAAAGAUCAAGCAACAAAUCUUUAUGUUUGUGGAGCUCUAACCAGUGAAUUUCUGCUUGUAUUAUACAGAUUAAAUCGUCAUCACAGUUGCUGCUGAUAAUUGUGCUGCUUCAAUCAUGUUUGGAUGCAAACAGUUAUUGACAUACAUCAUAGAUCACAGUGCACUAAUACAGUAACUAAUAUAACGUUUCUACUGGUGAGACUUUCAAUUUCAUCAGUUUGUACUAACUUCACAGUGCAUUUAUUACAAAUACUGAGAUGCCUGCACUCAAUAUAUGUUUGAGCUUAGUUCAUAGUUUUCUCAUUGUCUUUGUUUUGAUACCAGUUUGUCACUUUGGGACUUUUUUUUAUCUUGCCUAUCUGUGGGCCCAGUGAUCUGUAGCCAUAUUACUGCCUGAAACUGACUGUCACUGUUUCACAGAUCCAGUUGCGUCUGUGUCAUGAAAUAAAAUAAAGCAUGUUUAACAAGCGAA